AUGGAGGUGAUGUUGAGGGGGAGGGUGAGGAUCAACAAUGAUCAAAUAGUAAAGAAGGACUACAAGGAGCAAGUUGAUCUACAAGUUGCAAAGUUUUUCUACACAAGUGCUAUUCCCUUCAAUGCUAUAAGAAAUCCAGAAUUUACGAAGAUGUUGGACAUGGUUGCUAGAUAUGGGAUUGGUUAUAAGCAUCCUUCCUUUCAUGACAUUAGAGUGCCUCUCUUGAAGCGAGCAGUCAAGGAAACACAUAACAUGCUUGAUGAGUUUAAGCAGGAUUGGAAGAAAAAUGGUUGUACAAUCAUGUCGGAUGGAUGGACUGAUAUGAAAAGGCGUUCCAUUUGUAAUUUUCUGGUGAACAGCCCUAUGGGGACUGUUUUUCUAUAUUCAUUGGACACUUCUGAUAUUUCUAAAACAACAGACAAGGUUUUCAAGAUGCUAGAUGAUGUUGUGGAGCAUGUUGGAGAGGAGAAUGUAGUGCAAGUAGUCACAGAUAAUGCUGCAAAUUACAAAGCUGCUGGGCAAAAGCUUAUGGAGAAAAGAAAGAACUUGUAUUGGACUCCGUGUGCUGCUCAUUGCAUUGAUUUGAUCUUGGAGGAUUUUGAGAAGAAGCUAAAGGUGCAUGAAUCAACUAUAAAAAAAGGAAGGAAGAUCACCACAUUCAUAUACUCUAGAACAAUGCUCAUUCCCUUGUUGAAACAUUUUACUAAAGACAGAGAGUUAAUUAGGUCGGGUGCCACUCGAUUCGCCACAUCAUAUUUGACUUUGGGAUGCCUAAAUGAGCUUAAAGUUGCAUUGAUGACUAUGUUUGGCUCAGAAGAAUGGAAAGCAACCAAGGUUUCUACCUCAUCAGAUGGGAAAAAUGUGCAAAGCAUGGUUUUGGAUAGUCGUCUAUGGAAUAAUAUAACCAUAUGUCUCAAGGCUACCAUUCCUCUUAUGUCUGUCCUUCGCUUGGUGGAUUCGGAUGAGAAGCCCGCCAUGGGUUUUUUAUAUGCUGAGAUGGAUGCGGCCAAGGAGAAGAUAAAAAGCAAUUUCAAUUCCGUCCAAAGAAGUUAUGAGCCUGUGUGGAAGAUUAUUGAUGAAAGGUGGGAAAACCAACUCCAUAAGCCAUUACAUGCAGCUGCUUAUUACCUCAAUCCCCGAUUUCACUAUGAUGAUGCUUAUGUAAAGGACCUUGAGACCAAGCAAGGGUUAUUUGCUUGUGUGGAUAGGAUGACAAGUGACCCCUUGGUGAGGCAUAAGAUUCAUAAUCAGAUUCCUUUGUUUCAGAAAUCUCAUUCUUUGUUUGGUGAUGCUAAUGCCAAGAGUAGUAGGAAGACUAUGGCUCCUGCAGAUUGGUGGAGCAUCUUGACUUGUAGCUCUUCUGGAUGUGAGCGUAAUUGGAGUGCAUUUGAAAUGGUUCACACAAAGAGAAGGAAUCGUUUGCAUCAGCAAAGGAUGAAUGACUUGGUCUAUGUGAUGUACAACAACAAGUUAAGAUCUAGACAAGUUAGAAGAAAAGUUGUCCUUCCUUUUGAUGAUAUAGAAUCUGAUGACGAAUGGAUAACUGAAGAUGUGGAAGAGAUUGAUGAACAAUCUCUUGUUGGGGAUAAUGACAUUGUUGGUGAGAAUCAAGUCACAAAAGAGCCUACUCUUGAAGGGGACCCCGAGCAUUUGAUCUUUGAUCCUAUACUUGAUGAGCCUCUCUCAUCGGGAGCAGAAUUUGAUGAUGAUGAUCAUGAUAGUGGUGGUGAUGAAUGA